UCGAAAUUUCUAGGGUUCUUGAAGUAGGAUGAGCUAUCCGGCACCGGCACAGGAGGAAAUCUAGAGCGCGGAGAUGGAUUUCGACGAGUACGAGUACCUGGAGAAGACGGUUGAGAGCGCCGCUGCCGCCGGUGCUACAGCCGGGGCAAAUGGCGAGGGCGCCAAGGCGGUGGCGGCGGCGGAGGACGAUGGGCACAAGAGCGAACACCGCAGUAGCAAGCGCUCGCGGGGGGACGAGGAGCGCGAUAGGGAUAAGGGCGAUCGAGAGAAGCGGUCGCGCCGGGAACACAGGAGCUCCAGGUAUGAGCGGGAGAAGGAUAGAGAUCGAGGGCGCGGCGACGACAAGGAGAAAUCCGAGAGGGAUAGGGACCGGGAUAGGGACAAAGAAAGGUCUCGGAGUAGAAGGGAUGACAGGGAUAAAGACUCGCGACGCCACAGCCGAGAUAAAGAGAAGGAGGAGAGGGCAAGCUCCAAGGACAGGGAGAAAGAUAAGGACUUUCGGAAGUCUCGAGAGAGGCGAGACAGGAAGGAAGAAUCAGCACCAGCGGAGUCUGAGCCUGAUCCCGAAAGAGAUCAGCGAACAGUCUUUGCUUGGCAGAUUUGUCUCAAAGCGGACGAGAAGCACGUCUACGAUUUUUUCUCCAAAGCCGGAAAGGUCCGGGAUGUGCGUCUCAUCAUGGAUCGGAAUUCUCGAAGAUCUAAGGGUGUUGGGUAUAUCGAGUUCUACGAUGCCAUGUCUGUUCCGCUGGCCCUCCAAUUAAACAACCAGCCGCUGCUUGGUCAAAAUGUGAUGGUAAAACCGUCCGAAGCUGAAAAGAAUUUGGUUCACUCAGCUAGUGGUGGAUCAGCCGCGGGAGCUUUCAAUGGCCCUUAUUCCGGUGGUGCUCGGCGUUUGUACGUUGGAAAUCUACAUGUGAAUAUCACUGAGGACCAGCUCCGGCAGGUUUUCGAGCCUUUCGGCGUCAUCGAGCUGGUUCAACUCCCGCUGGACCAAGAAACAGGGCUUUGUAAAGGGUACGGCUUUGUGCAGUAUAGCAAACUUGAGGAUGCGCGAGCUGCUCAACAAGGACUGAAUGGAAUUUUGGAGCUUGCUGGACGAGCCAUCAAGGUAUCUGCUGUUACCGAUCAACAAACUGGACAAGACAUCGGCACUACGCAAAAUGAUCUUGAUGACGAUGAGGGAGGUGGAUUGGCUUUGAAUGCUCGGUCCAGGGCUCUACUUAUGCAAAAGCUUGACCGCAGUGGUGGUGUUGGGGCGCCCGCUUCUCUUCAGCCUCAGGCCCCCAUGGCUGUACCACCCGUAUACGGUGGUAUAGGUUCUGCAUUGUCGAUGCAAAAUGGAUCGGUGCUUCCGGAGGAGCCAAUAGGACCACCUAGCGAAUGCUUACUUUUGAAGAACAUGUUUGAUCCAGCCACAGAGACUGAUCCAGAGUUUGAUAUCGAUAUUAAAAACGACGUGCAGGAUGAAUGCUCAAAGUUUGGUCCCGUGAAACAUAUCAGCGUCGACAAGUACAGUCAGGGGCACGUCUACGUAAGAUUCGGUACAGCAAUCGAUGCUUUGGCCGCGCAGCUAAACUUGAACAAACGAUGGUUCGCUGGGAAAACGAUUCGGGCGACAUUCAUGAAUGUGCAAGUCUACGAAGAGAAGUUCCCGGAGAGCAAGCAGCUCUAGCGGGUGUGCUUAUUUUGCUGAUUGAUAAAAAGAUAAAAAGAAAAAUGUAGUGGAGGGUUUACUCCUCCUAAUGGUUUUUACUUUACAGAGAGUGAUCUGUUAUUGGUCUUAUUACCUUUGAUUCUCUGUUAAUAUCAGAAGAUAUCGCGCUAAGCAAAGUAA